UGAAAGCUUCGAGAAGGCCCUGUUUAGAGCUUUAGCUGCUGUUCCUCUCCGCGGUGUAAUUGCAGGCAAAUGAAUUUACACAUGUCCAGAGUUUGUCCUGCAUUGAUCAUUGCCCAAGUCCAAUCAUUUUUUUGAUGAACCACUUUUCUAUUCUUAUUACAGAACUCGGUAUAUCUGAUCAGUGAUCAAUGUUUCACAGAAUGAUGAACAUAAAAUUCAAGUUACUAUGAUAGGAUAUUGGUACUUUAUCAAUUAAAUUGUCAUUAGAUUUUGCAAGAAUCUGAAGAUUAACCGAGGAGAACUUCUGUUCUGUAUAUUUUAGUAAUAUUGCUAAUUAAUUUUUAAAUUGGUUGGGUAAAGUGCUAGUAAUUAAUAAAUCUGAAGACUAGUAGGAUUGCUAAAACAUCACAUGUACCCCAACAACUCUAAUGGCGUAGACAGAACUAAUCUUUCUUCUUCUGACAAUGUGUUCACAUUUUAACUAGAAUAUUACCAAGUUCAUGUGGAAUUGUUGCUCUUUAACCUCGAGAACUGUCCCAUUCACGCGGAAUUGUUGCUCUUUAACCUAGAGAACUGUCCCAUUCACGCGGAAUUGUUGCUCUUUAACCUAAAGAACUGUCCCAUUUACUAUUUCAAGUGGCCGGUGGUUUAUCAGCUAUUUCAUUGAUACAUUCAGGCCUGUAACUUAAGCUAUGACUGUGACAAAGAAAAAUAAAGUAUUGAGGCGCAGGGCAUCAGUAAUUACAGUUCAAGUGAGCUCUCCGCCCUCCAAUGAUCCAGCGCCCCCGAAUAAUAAUCCGGCAAAGAGCCCUUUUCAUGCACUAUAUAAAUGGAUUCCUGGAGUCAUGAAUCCACAUUCUAGAAGGGCUCGAUAUUGGAGUAAAUUCUUCAUCUUCUUCUUUUUAUUUGCAUUUCUGUUACAAACUCUAUACAUCUUUCUGCAGCACGUGAAGCAGGAUAAAAAUUGUAUAGGUGAUUUCGAACAUUAUUAUGAGUAUGCAUUGUUUACUCAGCUGGAAUGGACUAAUAUAAUUUACUUGUUGCACAUAGCCUUCAAGUUUAGGGUGGCUUAUGUCGAUCCUAAAUCUAGAGUCUUAGUUUACAAUCCGAAAAAGGUGGCUCUUAAUUAUCUCUUUGGAUACUUUACUAUCGACUUGCUUUUAUUUUUUCCAUGGACUCAACGUUUUUUAGGACUGACACCCAUAGUGUCCGAUUGGUCUUAUGAGCCAGUUCAGGUUUUAUCUUUUUUGCAGUAUCUUGCUGUGUUGUGUAGACUUCUUUCUUUAUUUGCUGAUCAGGCUACAGGCGCCCUCUUCUUUGAGUCAUGGUCAUCCAAGUUUGCUCUCAAUCUUCUCGCUUUUUUUCUGUUUAGUCAUGUGGUUGGAUCGUUUUGGUAUAACUUUGCAUUAGAUAGAGUAGAUAAAUGUCUCCGUAAAGCAUGUGGCGAGUCCUGGUGCUUCGAUUAUAUCUAUUGUGAGCCCAGGAAUCUGUACUGGGAAGUCAUAGUUGAUGCAACAUUGUUUGAAAAGUGGACCAAUAACAAAAAUGCAACGGCUUGUUUUAGUAGAGACGCUUAUGACUAUGGAAUUUACGUACAAGCUGUCAGUCUAAUGAAAAACUCUAAUCUACUAAUGCGAUACAUAUAUUCACUAUUUUGGGGGUUCCAGCAAAUUAGUACUUUGGCAGGAAAUCAAAUUCCAGCUUUUUUUCUCGUGGAGGUUUUAUUCACUAUGUUUGUUACUGCUACGGGUCUCUUGUUGUUCUCCUUUCUCAUUGGAAAUAUCCAAAACUUUCUCCAAGCUCUGGGACGUAGGAGUUUAGAAAAUUCUCUAAGGCGCUCUGACAUUGAGCAAUGGAUGAGCCAUCGGCAAUUACCAGAAGAUCUUAAAGCAAAAAUCCGUGAAUCAGAACAAUAUAAUUGGCUUGCCACCAAAGGUCUGAAUGAAUUGAUGCUAUUGGAGAAUCUACCAGAAGACCUUCAAAGAGAUAUACGCCGACAUCUCUUUAAAUUUGACAAUAAACUCCCCAUUGUUGCCUCAAUGGACGAGUCCAUCAAAGAUGCCAUCAGGGAAAGAAUGAAACACAACACAUAUAUUGAGGGAAGUAGAGUUUUGGUUCGUGGAGGUCUAAUGGAUAAGAUGGUUUACAUUGUUCAGGGGAAGCUUGAGAGUACUAGCGAAGGUGAGAAUGUAGUUCCUUUGUCUGAGGGGGAUGUCUGCGGCGCAGAACUUAUUACGCUGUGCCUAGAGCAUUAUGUGCUGAAUAGAGAUGGAGAUAAAUUCAGAAUUCCAGCAGGAAAAUUGGUGAGCAAGAGGACGGUUCGAUGCAUAACAAAUGUAGAAGCAUUUACACUUAGAGCUGCAGACCUGGAGGAUGUCUUCAGUUUGUACUCUGGGCUUCUCAUACAAAAUCCUCUUGUUCAAGGUGCCAUUACCAAGGAAUCGCUUUAUCCAAAGAGUCUUUUGCGCAGUAGAUCAUACUAAACUUGCACGAAGGUGUUGAAAGAACCGAAGAAGUGACCAAAAGAAUUUUACGUUGUUCUGUUCAUUUCAGACCUGCUACUGCAGCGACCUAGAAUAAUUUCUAGUGCAUCUUUAAUUUAUGUAAUUUUAAUUUGCACUUCAAUGUGUUUUCAGUGGAACUCUUUUAAUUCUUGUAUAGGCUCUAUGUAUCCACUGCUCGUCUGAUCCAAGUUAAAGAACUGUCAUCAAUCAUAGUCUUCAUAAUUUCUUUG